CAAAUUGCACGCAACCCUCGAAUGGUACUUAAAACAUCCGUUUCGAAGUAGCCUGCGCGUUUUAAUAUUAUAGUUGUAGAGAAGCUUUAGUCAUCAUUAUAUACGGUCUUUACAAGAUGCGUCUUUUGGCUAUUGGAGUGAAAAGCGUUCAGCCCAACGAAAAUUUGGAGAAAAGUGGAGCCAGGCAAAGAGGCCAGAAUUAACAUUGAAGUCAAUGGGGAAAUUAUGAGUGGUCUGCAUCCAUAGGACUUUACAUUAAAAAGACUUAUCUCCCUUGUAUGAACUGAAAGCAGGAAGGAAGAAAUCGUCAUUGAGAGGGGGAAGAAAUAUUUCACCAGACAACUAAAAGAUUGUUCAAGUAAAUAGUGAAAAGCGUUCAGCCCAACGAAAAUUUGGGGAAAAGUGGAGCCGGGCAAAGAGACCAGAAUUAACAGUGGUCUGCAUCCGUAGGACUUUUCAUUAAAAAAGACUGAUCUCCCUUGCAUGAACUGAAAGCAGGAAGAAAUCGCCAUUAAGAGAGGGGAAGACAUCAAGAGACAACUAAAAGAUUGUUCAAGUAAAUAGUGAAGUUGACAUAAUAACGGCCACUCGAUAUUAACCAACAGAGAAAUAAGAUGGAUGAAUCUGAUGAAGAGAGGUUGCGGUUUAAACUACGUCAAGCUGAAGAGUAUGGAAAUAUACAGGAAGUCGUAGAAAGAUUAUCAUUACAAGAUAAGAUGAAAGCUUUACCUAUAGCUGCUAGUAACAGGUUUUAUAAAGUUAUGGUUUAUCUGUUAGAACAUGGAAUUGUUGAUGUACAUUAUGUUGAUCGCCAUCAGAAUAACCUGUUAAACAUACUUUUAGAUAGCUAUGACAGUGAUGACGAACCAGAUAGACGUGAUUUGUUGAUACAAUGUGUAGUUACAUUAGUUGAUGCUGGUGUAGAUGUCAACCAGGAGAAUGUAUAUAAAGAUAGACCUAUAUUUAAAGCUGCUGAACGAGGGUUGUAUGAAGUUGUAAUGUAUCUGUUAAAACACGGGGUAGAUGUAUAUCAUGUUGAUAGAUUUAAGAACAACCUGAUACAUCAACUUUUAGAUAACUAUGACAGUGAUGACAAACCAGAUAGACGUGAUUUGUUGAUACAAUGUGUAUUUAAAUCAGUUGAUGCUGGUGUAGAUGUCAACCAGGAGAAUGUAUAUAGACCUAUAUUUGUAGCUGCUAGAGAAUGGUUGUUUGAAGUUGUAAUGUAUCUCUUAAAACACGGGGUAGAUGUAUAUCAUGUUGAUAUAUAUGAGAACAACCUGAUACAUCAACUUUUAUAUAACUAUGAUAGCUAUGACAGUGAUGACGAACCAGAUAGAUGUGAUUUGUUAUUACAAUGUGUAGAAACAUUAGUUGAUGCUGGUGUAGAUGUCAACCAGGAGAAUGUAUAUAAUGAUAGACCUAUAUUUAUAGCUGCUAGACGAGGGUUGUAUGAAGUUGUAAUGUAUCUGUUAAAACACGAGGUAGAUGUACAUGUUGUUUAUAGAUAUAAGAGAAACCUUCUAAAUCCACUUUUAUAUAGCUAUGAACGUGUUGAUAGAUAUAAGAACAACCUGAUACAUCAACUUUUAUAUAGCUAUGACAGUGAUGACGAACCAGAUAGAUGUGAUUUGUUUUUACAAUGUGUAGUUACAUUAGUUGAUGCUGGUGUAGAUGUCAACCAGGAGGAUGAUAAUAAAGUGACACCUAUAUUUAUAGCUGCUAGGAAAGGGUUGUAUGAAGUUGUAAUGUAUCUGUUAGAACACGGGGUAGAUGUACAUGGUGUUGAUAGAUAUAAGAGAAACCUGAUAAAUCAACUUUUAUAUAACUAUGAUAGAUAUCACAAGCCAGAUAGACGUGAUUUGUUGAUACAAUGUGUAUUUAAAUCAGUUGAUGCUGGUGUAGAUGUCAACCAGGAGGAUGAUGAUAAACACACACCUAUAUUUAUAGCUGCUAGACGAGGGUUGUAUGAAGUUGUAAUGUAUCUGUUAAAACACGGAGUAGAUAUAUAUCAUGUUGACAGAUAUAAAUCCAACAUUCUUCACUAUGUUGUGGGUUAUAUAUAUUCCUAUGUUAAAUUUGAAGAGAAAUGUUUACAGGUCGUUAAUACUUUAAUAAAAACAGGAUUAGAGAUAAACCAACCUGAUUAUGAUGGUAAAACCCCGUUGUUCUGUUUCGGUAUGUACGGUAUAUACGACAAUUCUGACGGCGUGCCCGUGAUUAAUCUGGAUAAAGUGACAGAACAGGACCUCUAUGUUCCAUUAAAAUGUAAAUUGAUUAACAUGUUAUUAGAUGCUGGUUGUAAUGUGAACCAUCAAAACAAGCUGGGACAAACGGCUUUAAUGCACCAUAUACAAUUCCAAACUAAUAUCAGUAUAUUAAAACUGUUAAUUCCACAUUCUGAUCUAAGUUUAACUGAUAAUAAGGGUAAAACAGCAAUUAGUUAUUGUGUUCAAUAUCACAUGAUCAAUUCAACAUACGUCUUUAAACUUUUAGUAGAUUCAGAUUCAGAUCUGAUGUCAGGUAACAACGGAGUUAAGUUAUUCCAUGAUAUUUUAAAAUGUAAGAGGUCGGGGGUGUUCAGUUAUUACAUCGGGCGUAAGUUGAUUGUUAAUGGUCUUACAGAUGAAGGAGAAAAUAUGCUUCAUCUUUUAGCUGGUGUUAACUAUGAUUAUUCUAUAAACAAGUUUAAAUGGUUGUUAAAUAACGAGCUAGACAUCAACCAUCCCUGUUCUAAAACCAACACACCUACUAUGAUAGCUGCCUUUUUAUUAAACAGUAAAUAUUUAAAACUGUUGACACAUCAUCCUAGACUAGAGAUCAAUACACAAAAUAACCAGGGUCAUACGGCUCUCCAUCUGUGUAUCAUUGGAUUUACUAUGUUUAAAGAUGGUUUGAACAAGAGACAGGUAAAUGAUGUUGUUAAGAAUUAUUGUAGACAGAUAUAUCCAAUAUACAUGGCUUGUAUUGAUAUUUUACUUGGUGUUGAUGGAAUAGAUGUAAAUAUUCCCGAUAAUGGAGGUAGAACUAGUUUAAUGAUGGCUGCAAUGAAAAACGACAGAUUUCUUACAAGGAAACUACUUCAAGCUGGUGCCAUAGUUACCAUGUUAGACUAUUCAGGAAGAUCUGCUCUACAAUAUCUUGAUAUUUAUCAGAGUGUGUUUGAUUUGACUUGUUUUAAAUUACUUCUAUCUAAUGGUAAUACUGGUCUUCUCAAUUUACCCUGUAUCGAUGGUAACACGAUUAUCCAAACAGCCCUACGUUUUCCCUUCUUCUGGGAACCACUCCGCGUUGUUCGUUUUAUUAGAUAUUUGGUUGCUGAAAACUGUUGUGUUCAGACUCUCAUUACGUCUUCAGGUGAGAGUCGCUAUAAUCAAAUUGAUCUUACUGAACUGAGUAGUUCAGAUAGAGAUAAACUGAGAAAACUGUUAUAUCUUAGUGGUGCCCAAGAGUGGGGAAUUAUAACAACUUUGAAUUUUGAUGGGGAAGAUCACACUACCCAUUCACAAGGCAGAGAAGAAUUCAUUAGUUUCUGUAGUAAUAUAUCUCUCAAGUCACUGUGUAGAAGAUUCAUCAGACAGAAUCUUGGAUUGGGAAUAAAGGAGAAGGUUAGGGAUCUAGAAUUACCUCGUGAAUUAAAGGAUUUUCUUCUACUAAAAGAUGUUCUUCAUCCUAAAGAUUACAACAUAGAUGAUAUUGAUGAUGGUUGUAAUGAUUUUGAUGAUGAUGAUUAUGAUGGUUAUGAUAUAGAUAGAGAUAGAGAUGAUGAUUAUAGUCAAUAUAACUACCAGUAUUUUACUCUCAAUACGGAUCAUGAACUAAGGCAAUAUUUAAAAAAACCCAGGAUAUUUCCUAACGGUGAUAAACACCCACGAUGAUGAUUAUGAUGAUUAUACUGCCUAUGACGAUCAUUAUGAUUAUUAUACCAAUAGGGAUGAUGAUGAUGAAUAUUAAACCGAUAGCGAUGUUGAUGAUUACAAUGCUGAUAACCCCUCUAUGUAACCCCUCGACGACGCAUUUGUAAUGCUAAGAGCCUUUCUUGAUGAGCUAGUGAAAAGAGGAGACAAUAAAAUUACCACCACAAUUUACAGGAAGCCUACCCAUACCGAUCAGUAUAUAUACCAUUCAUCUAACCACCCUACUCAAGAUAAGAAGGGAGAGGGAAUAUGGGUUUAACGUCCACUCGACACAAACCAGGUCAUUUCGGGACUAAUAUAUCGUUUAAUUUUAUUUCACAAUAAUUCGCUUGCGCGUAGGGGUCUUUAGCAGUGGGAGGAAACCGGAGGACCCGGAGAAACCCACGAGGUUGGACAUGCGACCGUACUCCUUGUCACGUACAACCGGAGAUUCGAAACCACGCCAGUUGAGUCAAUGACAGGCCGUGCUAACCAUUCGGUCAUCCAACCCCACCCAACCCUGACACGUCGCUCCCUUAAAAUUUGUGAUCCACCGCAACUAGAAGCAGAAAUACAGCGACAAUACUUUAUACCGGAAAACUACCGGAAAACACCAUGUUAUACUGAAUACCGGAAAAACACUAAAUACCGGAAAACACCCUAAAUAGGUAACCCAGAGCC